GAAUGAUAAUUGCUCACCCUCGCAUGGCUACCGCCUGUACCUUAUUCUUAUCUCGCCUUUCUUUCUUUCGAUUCACCACUAAUAAAUCUUCUUCAAUAAAACGAAACCCAUUUUUUCUCUAUUCUAAAACUACUAAGAAUCCAAAUCAACCAAGACUCAUUUCAAUGGCAUCGGAAGCGAAGGAAUCAGCUUCUAACAAUCCAGGUCUUCACACCUUUCCUGAUGAAGCUACUAAAGGAUAUAUCAUGCAACAAACUAUGUUUCGAAUUAAGGAUCCGAAAGUCAGUCUUGACUUCUAUUCUCGUGUUUUGGGCAUGUCGUUGCUAAAGAGACUGGAUUUUCCAGAGAUGAAGUUCACCCUGUACUUUUUGGGCUAUGAGGAUCAUGCAUCAGCUCCAGGCGACUCAGUUGAAAGAACAGUUUGGACUUUUGGUCGGAAGGCUACAAUUGAACUAACACAUAAUUGGGGCACUGAAAGUGAUCCUGAGUUCAAAUAUCACAAUGGAAAUUCAGAACCACGUGGCUUCGGACAUAUUGGUGUUACUGUUGAUGACACAUACAAGGCAUGUGAGAGAUUUGAACGCCUAGGGGUGGAGUUUGUCAAAAAACCAGAGGAUGGAAAAAUGAAAGGGAUAGCAUUCAUUAAGGAUCCUGAUGGCUAUUGGAUAGAAAUCUUCGAUCUCAAAACUAUUGGAAAAAUAACUGAAUCUGCUGCUUGAUAUCAUGAAAAGGGGGCGUGUUGCAGUUUUGAAGGUUUCUUUCCUCUGAAGGAUUCUCCAAAGUAGACUUGCAGUGGUGACAAAAUUAUGAUGGAAAAGUUGUUUUCAAUGCAUGCAUUUCUUGUGUUUGUUAAUGGAGAUGAUCUAUAGUUCUAUUUAACUUUUUUAUUGCUUA